AAGAUGGCACAGAAGAGCAGAGCCCUAACAGAAAUGUGCAAAUUUCUCCUAUUGAUUUUCUUUCUGCCAUGUGAGAUAACAAGCUCUGUUCUAACCGUGAAUGGCAGGACUGAGAGCUAUAUCCUGAACACGCGGCGUAACGUGCAGGAGUCCCUGAUAUGUGCCGUUCAGAAUCACACCAGCGAGGAAGAACUUCUCUGGUACCGAGAAGAGGGAAGAGUGGAUUUGAAACCUGGCAACAAAAUCAACUCCAGCUCCGUCUGUGUCUCUCCCAUCAGUGAAAACGACAAUGGAGUCACCUUUACCUGCAAGCUGCAGAGGGACCAGUCGAUGUCCAUCUCCGUGGUGCUGAACGUCAUCUUUUCUCCUCUCCUGAGUGGCGACGACGUCCAAACAGCAGAAGAAGGGAGCGAUGUGCAGUUAGUUUGCAACGUGAAGUCCAACCCCCAGGCUCAGAUGAUGUGGCAUAAAAACAACAGCAUCCUCAAGUUCGAGAAAAACCACCACCAAGUCUACCAGACCAGCGAGUCCUUGCGACUGUCCAUCUCCAAAGUCAAGAAAUCGGACAACGGAACCUACAGCUGCGUGGCAAUUUCACCUCUGGAGAAAAAUGAGACUGUGAAGGACUUUCUCCUGAUUGUUAAAGAUAAAGCGCAGACGAUUCCGAUCGAACCCAUCAUUGCUGCUUCUGUCGUCAUCUUUCUGACGCUCUGCUUUGGACUGGUCGCCAGAAGAAACCGAAUAAUGAAGCUCUGCAGGAAGGAUCCAGCCCCUCGGAGUGGAACUGCUCUAUGAGAGAGCUGAGCUGCCCUCGACUACAGGAAGAGUUUCGCCCCAGGACCUCCUGGAUUUAUGUUGUUCUGUCUGUAUUUAUUGCUAUUAUGGAAGCCACUCCUGUCAGAUUGUUAGAGGUGAUGAGAAGUGUUUCGAUAUUCACUUAACAGUAUGUGUUAUGACUAAUUUGAUAUGGUUAUGGAAUAUUUUUAUGGAGAAAGCUGUUGUUGAGAAUGAAAAGUAAGAUUUCUGUUGAGCUGGGUUUGGGGGUUUAUUUUUUGGUUGUCCCUGAAGGUUCUAUUACUUGAGAUUUGGUACAAAUAAAUGGGUCGCCUUCUA